AUGGAUACUUUGAUGCUCACCAUGUGGAACCAAUUUGUGAACAAUGAAUGUAUCUCGCUUUCAACCAAAUCCUCCAGUUCAUUUGUUAUUGAAUCGGAGAUACCACAAGCAGCUGCUUUAUCAAUUUGGUAUAAUGCUAAUGCUGAAAAAGCCAUGGACAUAAUAUGUGGAAGGAUUGGUCUUGAGACAAAGUCACUGUCUACACUUCCUUCUGUUGAGGACAUCAUUACCAUUAAGAUGAUAGAUAAUCAACUUAAUACGGGGAGAAGCUUUUGGAUCAAUGGUCACAUCAAAGUGACAAAUUUGAUUCAACCUUUUUGGUACUUAAGCUGUGAAAAAUGCACAAAAGCAACUAGAUAUGAAUUUGAACAGAGGUUUAACUGCUUGUAUUGCAGACAUGAUCAAGUUAAAGCUAUGCCAAGGUGCCGAGUCAUUGUUGAUUUGAUAGAUGAGUCUUCAUCAUUGAAUGCUACAUUGUUCGGAAAUCAAGCUGAAAAAUUUCUUGGUUGCACUGCAUAUGAGUUGAUGAAUAAAUCUGAUGGGGAUUCUGUUAAAGAUAUUGAAAAAAUUGCCACAUUAUCCAGUAGUUAUAAGCUUCUAAUUCAAGUUAAAGCAUCUAAACAUGAAUAUCGUGAUAUUACAAGAUGGAAAUACACAAUCCUUUCUGUUUGUGAUACUAUUUCAAAAGAAAUCAACACAUUAACACAAACAGAUACUUCAAAUGAUGCUGAAGUUAGUCAAGUUUUAGAAAUUGUUGAAGAGCAAAGUGGAAAAUCAUUAGGCAUAACUGAAUUGAGAGAUAUAUCUGGAAGUGUUGACAAUGCUAAGAUAGAGCAAAUGAGCAAUGAAGAUAAAGUCCUAGCUGAUUUGGUUUCAAAGCCUACUGCAAGAAACAAUGCAACUAAGAAACUAAAGCUGAUGAUUUCCAAAAGUGCAGGUGAGGCAGAUCCAAUAGCGCUGAAUCUUGAAAGUUCUCAUUUACAAUUUGGUGAAGGGAGUAGGAAGCAGUUUGCCGAGCUUAAAGACAAUGCUUAA